UCUGAAAUCCUCUCUUCCGCCGUUCCGCGCUCCCCGAGCGACGGCGCACGCCGCCUGUUCUACCGAAUACCACUCAAGAGCGGGAGGCUUCGUCCAUGGCGAGCGGGGUGGAUAGCAUCAGCGCCCUCCCGGACGACGUCCUCCACAGCGUGCUCCGUUUACUUCCGGCCGAAGAGGUGGUGCGGACGUGCGUGCUCGCCCGGCGCUGGCGCGGCGUCUGGAGAUCCGUGCCCUCCCUCCGCUUCAACGGCGCCGAGGGGUGGGGCAGUGCCGACAGAUUCGCCCAGUUCGUCGACCACCUGCUCCACCUCAGAUUCGGGGGCGACGGGGGCGCACGGGCGCCUCUGGAUUCCUGCGAAUUCGACUUCGACGCCGACGGAUUCAUGCAACUGCCGGCUAACGAGCGGCACGCGAGCCACUGGAUCUGGCAAGCCGUGCCCCAUGUCCGGGUGCUUCGGCUUCAUGUCACCGAGUUCGACCAGGAACCCUCACCACUAUCUGAUCUGCGUCUCGUUUCCCAGCACCUCACGAGAUUAGAUCUUGUUGGUGUAGCUGUCAACGACAGCGUUAUGGAUUUUUCACGCUGUCCGGCAUUGGUGGAACUGAGUAUGGAGGUCUGCGAUGUUUUCGCCAACCAGCUCUUGUCUCCAUCCUUGAAGCAUCUGCGCAUUGCCCGCUACUUUACUGCCGAGGAUAGUCGCAUUCAUAUUUCUCUACCAAGUCUCGUUUCGCUCGAGUUGAUUGUAUGCCGCCAAGGAAGGAGCCCAUCGCUCGGAAGCAUGCCGCUGUUAGCAAGAGCUGUUGUUGUACUUAAGAAUGAUUGUGCUGAUCGGUGCUUUAAGGGUCGAUUUAAUGAUUGUGGUGAUACAUGUUAUGGUUGUCGUUAUUAUUAUGGAGAUCCUGAGUUUGGACCUACUUAUGACCGCAACGACAGCAUAUUUCUCAAAGGUUUGUCCGAGGCUACGGACUUGGAGCUGUCAGCUGAUUCUGAUGUGAUUCUUUUUGACAGGGAUUUGAAGUGGUGCCCUACAUUUACCAAGUUAAAGACUUUGUUACUCAAUGACUGGUGCUUGGCUGCUGGCCACAAUGCAUUAAUCUGUUUUCUCCAGCACUCACCAAUUUUAGAGAAGCUUACACUUCAACUUUCUAAGGGACGUUCAUAUGUAAGUGAAACACAAGGAAUAUACAAACCAUUGGGACAGUCAGUUGCAUCCAACUGUCUUAAGAUAGUUGAAAUCAAAUGUGCAAAUGUUGAUAGUAAGGUUCACAGACUUUUGAAGAUAUUGACUACCUAUGGCAUACGCCUUGAGCAAAUUAGGGUCCAACAUACUAGCAGAAUUUCUGGAUCUGAAUGCUUCAACUUUGUUUGCACUGAUUUCAGCUAAAACUAGAGGGUGUAGUUUGGAUCAGUACCCAAACCCUUCUGGGAAAGGUGAGUGAUAUGAUCCAUCAGUGGAAGAUCUCAUGCUUCAGAAAUCAAUCGAUGCUACUUCAAAGUUGCUUGCAAUGACUGGAUCAUCAAAGAGGAGAGCUCCUGCGGAUCUCCUCGUGAAGAUGAGGGAUGCAAGCAAGAAGGACUUGUAGUUGGGCUUCAUCCUGAGAACUCAAUCUAGUUGAAGCUUUGUGCUUGUAAUAAUUAGCUCUAUGCACUGUUUCUUUCUGCUUGCAUUUGGUUGAACUACCCUAACCAUUGUGGCAAUGCUUUGGGGCUUUAAUUUCUCCUUCUGGCUCAGCUACUUUGGUGAGGCCCGGGCGAUGUGAACAGUUACAUCUUUUUUUCCCUCGUUUUAAUAAAAACUAGCACAUAUGCAUGUGUGUUGCAAUGGGAGAAAAAAAUAGUAUCAACA